AAAGGCCCAAACAGUAACAGCUUAUUUGGCUAUAUGGACGAAAAACAGGUCUAACCUGGAAAUGAAGGUCCAAUUUUCCGAGUGACAGUCGCCAGGCUUCAAGCGCAGUGUUGGCUGAAAGUUCCACACCGCUUGGGGGGAGAACAUAAGCGCACACAAAACUGUGUUGCAAGGUCCGGAGGGCACCAGGUGCAGCGCUGCAUGCUGCACGAUACCGCAAACUGGUGUGGAGCAGAGCCACCCAUCACUGACACACGCCACUCAAUCCUCUAGCCCCGCCCCCAAACUAAAUUUAGGCGUCUCAGAAUAACGCAUGCGCUCUUCCAAAACUGAGGCAGGCGGGCCUUAGAAGAGACUGACACAGGGAUCAACCUCUGAAUUUUCUAGCAUCGCCCUCUUAUCCCGCCUCCCUUUCUGAGUGGCUGCAAGGGAGCAGAAGCUAAUUUCCCAUUGGUUACAGGCGGGAACCACAUCCGGUGUGCGCUCUGGCCCGCCCAGCGGCGGCGGCGGCCAUGGUUCGGUUCAAGCAUAGGUACCUGCUGUGUGAGUUAGUAUCUGACGACCCCCGCUGCCGCCUAAGUAUAGACGACCGAGUGCUGGGCGGCCUCGUGCGGGACACGAUCGCGCGGGUGCACGGGACUUUCGGCGCCGCAGCCUGCUCGAUCGGCUUCGCAGUUCGAUACCUCAAUGCUUAUACUGGGAUAGUGCUGCUCCGAUGCCGAAAGGAAUUCUACCAGCUUGUGUGGUCAGCUCUUCCCUUCAUCACGUACUUGGAGAAUAAAGGAUACCGCUAUCCUUGUUUUUUCAACACAUUACAUGUGGGAGGUACAAUUAGAACAUGUCAGAAGUUCCUGAUUCAGUACAACAGGAGACAGCUGUUGAUCUUGUUGCAGAACUGCACUGAUGAAGGAGAGCGGGAAGCUAUCCAGAAGGCUGUCACAAAAAGCUGUUUCCUAGAUGAAGAGUCAGGUGAGGAGGCUGCUGAAGCACUAGAGUGAACUACUGUUCACUAGAGUGAACAGCAGGCUAUAUAUACGCUGCCCAAGCCUUGUGGGAACAGGACAUUUUAGGAGUUAGUGGCAGCAGCAGCAGCUAGAAGUUCUCCAAACUGGAUGACAGCCAACCAGAGGCCAAGUGACCAGCUUGAAAUGGAGGACUUGCUUAAAAAUUAAGUUGUCUUUACCUAGCAUCCCCUGGUUAAGUGGUUCUGCAGGCUGUGAAUGCUUUGUACAUUUUUGUAACUGUUUGGCUGAAUAAAUGGAUUUGUUUUCUUUAGUAUACUUCUUACAUCACAAGAAGGGCUUACAGAAUUCAUACUUCGUCAAGUCUUUUUCCCCACCUCCAGCCUUGUCCUUGGAAGGGGAAAGACUCCCUGUGUGGUACUAGAUGAAUUUUGAAGACUUACCCUUUCACUUUACUGCCCUGUACUCCCAAUCCCCAAAAUGGACCCUAAGCAAACAAAGUCAUCUGGAGUAGAAAUAUUAGUGAGAAACAGUAGCGAAACUUUAAGAAAUCUAUAGCCUCAGUACUGAUCCAGAGGACUUUACAAAUACCAGAUUCCUUGUUAAUACUUAUUUAGGUGACUUGACAAGAAAUGCAGCUUUUACCUGGGCAUGGUGGUAAUCCCAGCACUUAGGAAGUUAAUGCAGGAUUGUGAAUUCCAGGCCAGCCUGGCCUACAUAGCAAGACCCUAUCUCAAAAAUACAAAAGAAAAAAAAUGCAGCUUUUGCAGUUUGCAGAAGUAAGGGGUGGCCCUGCCUGACACUAUUCAGCCUGGGAGCAGCUGCCAACUAUAGGUAAUUUUCUGCAGUUCCACCCUUUCCUAUUGCUUUAUAUCUAAAAUCGGGUGAGUCCACCACAUUUACAGCAGUUAGGAGGAGCAAGAGACUUAAUCAAAUUUGGUCUGCUACUUCCUUAUGACAUUUCUAGGAUCUGUUUUCCCUAUAAUUAAAGGAUGCUCUCAUAAUCCCUCAUACGUUUCUUAGAUUUGUGCUUUUUGCUUCAGUGUGCCUCUUACCUCAGGGCUGGAACACCCUCAUUCACCCAGUGACAUUCCUGACCCAGGAUUUCUCAGAAACAGCAGGUUAUAAAGCUGAGCCCAGCUUUAGGCCUGACACCAAAGAAUACAAUUUUAGCAGUGUUGCUGAAGCUAACAGUAGCUGUUAUUUUAACCUAAAUUUAACAAGGAACACAUUGAACUAGAGGUAUGGCUCAAGCAAAGCCUGCUCUACAAAUGUGAAGCCCUGAGUUCGAACGUCAGUGCUACCAAAGUAAGUUACAUGUCUAGCUGACCUGUAGUGAACUUAAACCAAAAAAGGUCACAUUUGCAUGUGCAGAUUAUUAUUACACCUUGGACCACUCCAGUCCUUUUUUGUGAAGGUUUUUUUUUUUUUUUUUGAGAUAGGGGCUUGUGAACUUGUGAAUUUGCCUCAGACUGAAUUUGAAGCAUGAUCCUCCUGAGUAGCUAGGAUUACAGGCGUGGGCCACCGGCACCUGGCAAGAGGUCACUUUAUUAAGCAGCAGACUCACUCAGUGUCAAAUUCAGUUAAAACAGGCAUAAAAACUACAGACAAGAGGAAGACAGUAGGCAGCCUUACUAUUUAUUGUCAACCUGCUCUCCUCCAGGCCUGUUAGAUCCCUAUUCCUAUAACUCAGGCCAGUGUUACUUAAAACAGGCUUUCUUACUGACCAUUACAGAAUUCCUUAUCAAAGCCAAGUUCAAGAGGUACAAGGCAGACACUGAUGGCUCACACCUAUAAUCCUAACUACUUAGGAGGCUAAAGUUGGGAGGACUGAGGUUCGAGGCCAGCUCGGGCAAAUAGUUCAA